AUGCUUUCUCUUUAUCAGAGAGAGCUCGCUACCGUAGUUGAUAACGAGUCGACGAUAAUUCACUCAGAUAAUGAUUUUAUCAUCACAGUCGCUAUAAAACAGAAACAGUUCAACUCGGUACCAGCUAAAGUACAGAUGGAGGCCCUCAGAGACAGAGUUGCUGUGGUGACCGGUGCAAGCGAGGGUAUAGGUGAAGGCAUCGUGCGGCGGCUGGCAGCGGAAGGUAUGAAGGUGGCAGCCCUGGCCAGGAGGAUAGAUAGGCUUACGGAACUAGAGAACGACUUGAAAGGAAAAGGGUACAUCGUGAAGGGAUAUAUUUGCGAUGUUCAAAAAGAGGACGACGUUAAAGCUGCUUUCAAGAGUAUAGAAGAAGACUUUGGAGCAAUAACACUUCUUGUUAACAAUGCUGGCGUCAACAAACCGAUAUCCCUCGAUGGACACAGAGAUUUACCAUUUGACACCAUCAGUGUUUACACUGCAUCCAAAAAGGCUAUUACAUCUCUCUGUACCAGUUUGAGAAACCAUCUGAAGUCUUCGAAAAUAAGAGUAACGAGUAUAAGCCCACAUUUGGUAAAGACCAUGAUGACAAAAUCAUUUUUGGAAAAAGCUCCAAAUUUAUCUUGUCUUCUGCCAUCUGACGUUGCCGAAGCUGUCGUGUACGCUGUUUCAGCUCCACUCAACGUUAACGCAGAUAUGAUCUUAUGCACGAUGCUUUCCCUUUAUCAGAGAGAGCUCGCUUCCAUUGUUGAUAACGAGUCGAAGAUAAUUCACUCAGAUAAUUAUCUUAUCAUCACAGUCACUAUAAAACUGAAACAGUUGAAGUUGGUACCAGUUGAAGUACAGAUGGAGGCCCUCAGAGAAAGAGUUGCUGUGGUGACCGGUGCAAGCGAGGGUAUAGGAGAAGCCAUCGUGCGGCGGCUGGCUGCGGAGGGUAUGAAGGUGGCAGCCCUGGCCAGGAGGAUAGACAGACUGACGGAACUGGAGAACGAGCUUAAAGGAAAAGGGUACAUUGUGAAGGGAUAUAUUUGCGAUGUCCAAAGCGAGAGCGACGUUAAAGCUGCUUUCAAGAGCAUAGAGGAAGACUUUGGAGCAAUAACACUUCUUGUUAACAAUGCUGGCGUUAGCAAGGCGAUAUCGCUCGAUGAUAUUAAUUUAGACAACGUGAAUACUGUUCUGAACACAAAUGUGGUCGGAGUGCUUUCUUGUACGAAGGAAGGACUGGCUUCGAUGAAAAAACACUCCGUGGACCGAGCACAUGUAAGUAUAAGCCCAGGUUUGGUAAGGACCAUGAUGACUCAAUCUUAUUUGGAUAGAACUCCAGACAUACCUCAUCUUCUGCCAUCUGACGUUGCCGAAGCUGUCGUCUACGCCAUUUCAGCUCCACUCAACGUUAACUGUAACUGGGUCGCUGCUAUAGAACAGAUGGAAGCCCUGAGGGACAGAGUUGCCGUGGUCACAGGAGGUAGUGAGGGUAUUGGUGAAGCCAUCGUGAGGCGACUGGCAUGCCAGGGGAUGAAAGUGGCAGCGCUGGCCAGGAGGAUGAACAACCUAAAGGCAUUGGAAAACGAUAUGAAAGAAAAAGGAUAUACUGUGAAGGGAUACAUUUGCGAUGUUAAGAAUGAGAGUGAUGUUAAAGCUGCUUUUAAAAGUAUCGAAGAGGACUUUGGAACGAUAACAAUUCUUAUUAACAACGCUGGUGCCUACAAAGCAGUAUCGCUAGAUGAUAUUCAUUUGGACGAUGUGAAUACCGUUCUGAACACAAACGUUCAAGGAGUACUUGCUUGUGUUAAGGAGGGUUUGGCUUUGAUGAAGAAACAUUCAGUGGACCGAGGUCAUAUAGUAGUCAUAAACAGUGUUGCAGGACAUAGGGAUAUACCACAUCAAGCUGUCGGUGUGUACAGUGCGUCCAAAAAAGCAGUCACGUCUCUCUGUACAACCCUAAGAAAUCAUCUGAAGUCUUCGAAAAUAAGAGUGACUAGUAUAAGCCCGGGUUUGGUGAAGACCACGAUGAGCAAACCUAUUUUGGAUAAAACUCCAGACAUACCUCAUCUUCUGCCUUGUGACGUUGCCGAUGCUGUUAUCUACGCUCUCUCAGCUCCUCUUCGUGUUAACGUAUCUGAUGUCAUUCUGGAUUACACAGAAAGCUAAGCAGUGUUUCUAUGUUAUAGUAAAAUUUUACGGCGUGUGUAUUGAAGCAUUUUAGAUUUUACAAUUAGUGAUAUUCAUAUAAUAAUAAAAUUUUAAUAGAAGUUUUAAAACAAAU